UGGGUUUGUCGUGACCAGCUGACAUCCCUGAUAAAUACUGUAGGGCCUGAACUGGACAGUAGUUCACUGUAGCGGCACAGCUCAUGAUUUCUGGGGUUGGUUUUCCUUUGCUGGAGAGUUUUGCGGAUACUUUUCCCUUCACAAUGUUUCCUCUGGAAGAGAUUACAAACAGCUACCGGGAUCAGCACCCUCAUAAUAUCCUUUAUAACAUCUUGAGCGGGAGGGAGAGUGGCUCCAUCAACAACAAACUGAAACAUAAUGCCGUAGCAUAUAACUGCCACUGUGAGCAGAAGAGGACGGUUUGCCUAAAGGACCCAAAGGUCACCUGUAAAGUGGCCUCCAGCGUGCUGGUCAAAACCAUCCGCUUUGUGAGAAGUUUACCAUCCUUCAGUCAACUUUCAUCGCAAGAUCAGUCAUCGUUGUUAACACACUGCUGGGUUCUGUUAUUUGUUCUGGGGCUUGCCCAAGAAAAAAUCAUGUUUGAAGUGACUGAUGCACCAAAUUCAAGCAUCCUUAGACAGAUUCUGCUCGGACCAGGACUCGCUGAAAAGGACUCUGAUCAGCCCACUCUUGCUGGAGUCCACAAAUUAAGAGCUUGCUUGCAUCAGCUGUGGAAUCUGGAUCUCAGUCCGAAGGAAUAUGCUUACCUGAAGGGUGCCUUGCUGUUUAACCCAGCUGUUCAGGGAUUGAGCGCCUCGUUGUUCAUUGAAGGCCUCCAACAGGAAGCUCAGAGAGCGCUCCAAGAAGUCCUCCACGUCCUGCACCCUGAGGACACAGCUCGCUUCGGCCACAUCCUUCUAGCUGCUUCCACCAUUCACGCUGUCAGCCACAGCCUGGUCACAGAGCUCUUCUUCAAGCCACUUAUUGGCAAUGCAAAUAUGUUACAUUUAUUAACAGAGAUGUUGUUUAUGCAAUGAAUAAACCUUAUAUGAGUGAAUGUUAUUGUAUAGAAUUUUAUACAGUGAACCUUAUUUUAACCCUUUAAUGCACAACAUAUAAACACCUUCUAAUGCACAACAUGGGUCAAAAAUGACCCACAUUCAUUCCCCAUGUUAUUUAAUGCUGCUGUGUGUUUGAAUAUCUUUCUAUUUUAUUUUUUAGAAACGUAGUGAUAAAAAAAGUGAUACACUGAAUUAACAAUUUGAGUAUAUGUGUAACUGUGUUUGUCUUAUUUUUAAGGUUUAACUUUAAAAGAGUUGUUAGAACCACCAGAUUACAUUGGAAAAUCACAUAUUUUAACAUUUGAGAUUUA